AUGUUCAAAAAUCUUCUUUUACAUUAUAACACUAAGCUGUCUGGAUUUGUCAAAGCAUGUGGUAAAACAAAAGAAUUCGAUUUGCCGAUUACACACCAAGAAAAUGGAAAUGGAACAGUUUAUGAAGUUCAACUAAAAGAUAUUCCUGAUCCUACUAUAUUAACAACUGGAGUAUCUGUCGACUACACUAUAGUCGUUACACCAAUAUUCAAUGGACUUGGUGAAAAAUCAACCACAUCUGGUGGUGCAUCUGAACUCACAUUUGCAAUGGGUCGAAUGGGUCAAACUGAUCUUAAGGCACCUGUUUCUGGUCGCUAUCAUUCAAUACAAGUACAGGUUAGGCCAAGUCAAGCACCGAGUUGUCUAGACAUGGAGACAUUGAAAACUCAGUUCACACUGAGAGUAAUCGGUGAGGAAGCUGAAUAUCCUGACUACAUAGCCCAAGUGAAUUAUGUACCAAUAACCACAAAAGCUGCAGACAAUAAAGAUAUGAACAAUCAUGUAAAAUGGUAUAAAAUUGAAAAUCUUUUACCCGGGCGAAGAUAUGAGUUACAAUGCAAAAGAAUGAAUUGGUUUGCUAAUUCUGAACACAAUUAUUCUCAUGAUCAAUUGUCGGUGGUUACUAGAAAAGAUACUCCGUGUCCCAUGAAAAAUACUAGCUACUUUUCAUGUGAUGUUUCAGAAGAUACCAACAACAGUGAAGUAACAUUCGAUUUGCCCCACUGGACUUUUCUCCAACAUCAAUGUCAAGGCUACAUGCAUCAGAAGCAAGAAAAUAUUUCACGAAAUCAAGAAUAUGAGAUGAAAUAUGAAACAUCUCAGUCAAUCACUGCAAACAAAUUUGAUGACCGUUUAAAUUACUGUGGGACUUACCCAGACCGUAAUAUUUCCGCAGUCGUAUCUCUACAGGAAGCACUGCAAUCUCAGUUUAUAAAAGUUAAGCGUACACCAAUGACAAAUGAUGUUACUGGAUCUUGGUAUCUUCUUGAUGGCGAGGUUGAUAGCAAGCGGAGAGGAUUUCAGGAGAAUUAUUCCAGACAAUCUCCUAUUUCAAUAAAAGAUAUAAGAUUCGGUCCUUCUCUAAUUAGCCAUAACGAAUAUUCUCUACAGAGUUAUUUCUUUGGUCAUCCAAUUGACACUGGGCUACAGAAAGCUGAAAUGACCCACCAGCAACCACAGAGUUUUGAUUGUUCUACUUCUCCGAGCACACAGGGCAGUAUAAAGCAAGAAAAGCUCGAUAAGAGUCCAAAGCUGCAAAAUAACGUUGUUAUUCAAAAGCAGUCUUUAAUUUGUCGAUGGAAAUCUUGUAAUCUGAUAUUUACCGAUCAUAAAUCUUUUGUAAAUCACAUUGAGGCAUCACAUGUUGCUUCGCACAUAUCCAAUAAAGAAUACUGUUGUUAUUGGGAAGGUUGUCGACGUCAGUUAAAACCGUUUAACGCACGAUAUAAAUUAAUCGUCCAUCUGCGUAUUCACAAUGGUGAUCGACCAAGUAAAUGCCUAUAUCCUGAUUGUUACAAAGCGUUUUCACGUCUGGAGAAUUUAAAAAUCCAUAUGCGCUCACAUACUGGUGAAAGACCGUUUAUUUGUCAACAGGAUGGCUGUAAUCGCGCCUUUUCAAAUAGUUCUGACAGAGCGAAACAUCAGCGUACACAUAUACAUAUAAAGCCUUAUGUUUGUAAGUGUUUGGAUGUACCAAAAGAUACACUGAUCCAAGUUCACUAA